UAGGUUGAGCCAGAUUUGUCAAAUGAGCCAACUUAAAGAUGUGAUGCAGUACAACAUCUUCCCCACAGCUGACAUGAUUCUCAGCAUGAGCAAAGAAUUUGGGAUACACUAUGAGCAGUGGGAGCAAAAAGCAACUGCUGAACCUGAGGUUGACCUUCCCUCUCUGCCUGUCCGGAUGAAAAGACAUGCGUCGCUCGACAUGCACAACAGCGAGUACAUGAAAUGGAGGCACAGCAGCCAGCAGCUGAGGCAAAACCAGUUCAAGGACUUCAUUCAGGACAAUAUUAAAAAGGUGCAUGAGGAAAGUGAGCGGUUGCAGAAGCCUGAAGCUGCAGUGUUAAGGAUGGACCAGCGCACAAACAGACCAGCACACAACUACAGCAUCCAGACCCUCAACUCAAAGGAACAAGCCAUGGAGCUGAUCCGCAAAGAGAUGGCCAAGGUGCCAGGGCGGAGGUUCACUUACAGUCAGCAGUAUCACAGUGCUACAGUGGAGCCAGGAAGCAUGACCACUAAACCUGACUCCAGCUCCACUGCCACCACUCCAGUUUGGGUCUCAACUACGAGCAGCGACAGGCCCACAGAGCACCCUAGACAUCUAGAUGAGGCUCGAGUGGAGGAGCUGAGGAAGCCUUGGAGAGAGAACAUCCUACAUGCCAACAUAUUGAAGCCCACACUUUCACGAGACAGAUUGGCCUGGAACCAGCGCCAUGAGGACUUUCAGCUCUAUAGCAAACCUCCAACUUUCUUCAGCCCAUCUCCUGCCUCCAUAUACCUGGCUGGGGACCAUCUGAAGCAGGAGCAGCUUCCCCAACUAUCAGGCAGCAAACCACCAGGAAACUUCAACACCCCGUUCCCACAGUUUAAGUGCCACAUGGGAGGAAAGUCACAGGAUAUACUGAAAGACGAGCCAAAGAAGUAUUCACUCAGGAAACCAGGCAUGACAUUGAAGCCUUUGCCCCAACUGUCUGUGAUCAACUUUGAAGAUGACAAACUAGUUGAAGACAAGAGUGCGGCCCUGGGUCCAGGCCCCUGUGCGGACUGCAGCCUCAGCAGCAAAAGCAAUGCUAUCCCCAGACACAGCUCUCAGUACAGCAAGUACCACUACAAUGGAUUCAGUAAGCAGCACUCUUUCCUGUAUAAACGGACCGCCCUGCCUCUGACAGAUGAGGAGAAGAGUAUCUUCAACUUCCAAAAGUACACACCUGAGACAAAGGCACGUAUAACAGACGUCCAGCCUUCACGGAACAUUGUAGAAGCUAGAACCCACAAAGACUUGAUCAUGUACACUAAAUAG